AUGGAAUCUGAGGAAGGUGGUGACGGUGUGAAUUAUAGUGGGAAUUUUGUCACAGAUACGUUUUUUCCUACAUUUGACGAUGCACUUACAUGGGCUGAUGGUGUUUCCAUAAAAUUGGGAUUUAUAUUGGUGAAAUCGUCUUAUAACAAAAUCAGAGAUGGUCGGCCAUAUAGGUAUUUGCGAUGUGAUCGGUCACGAAGGAGCAAACCGAGAGAUUUGGAGAACGCGAUACGGAAGGACACCAAAACCAAAGCUAAUGGUUGUCCAUUCUACAUCAAGAUAUAUUAUGAAGUCAGCACCGACAGUUGGAAGAUCAUUGCGAAAAAUGAUCACACCGAGACACAUAACCACCCAAUGAUUGUGUACCCAGAGGGUCACCGUAAAGUGAGCGGAUUGAGUCCGGGUGCAAAACAGGUUGUGCGGGACAUGACAAAGUCCAAGGUUGCUCCCCGUAACAUCAUGUCCACUAUUGCCGAGCAAUUUCCUUAUGAUCAUCCAAACAUCCGACACAUUUACAAUUGCCGAAAUGACUUCAGGAUGGAGAUGUCCGAAGGAAGAGGAGUUGUUCAGCAAUUUCUUCAUCUGGCGAGAGAGAACCGUGAUCUUGGGCUAUGUGCGGCUUUGAGAGAAGUCAUUCCAAGGACGUCACAUUUACUCUGUCUAUGGCACAUCAACGGAGAUGUGGAGGCUAAGGUGACGAAGAUGUUCGGAAACAAGAAGGUUCUUCACUUUGGUAACACCACCAACUGCAGAGUUGAGAGCCAACAUUCAGCAGUGAAAACUUGGUUUGAAUCAUCCACAGAAUCAUUGGCAUGUGCUUUGGAUACCGUAUGGGCCCGAGUCCAUUGUCAUAUCGGUAAUCGCAUCAUACAAAUUCGUAAUGACUUGGAGGCAUCAAGGUCUAAAAUUGGUCAGAUGUACAGACAGUUACCACUGUCACGUAUAAAUGGCAAAGUGUCUCAACAUUGCUUGAAAGUUCUGGAUAACGAGACGAAAAGGAUGCGGGAUUUGAGUUACCAGGUCCAUGAACGCCAAAUUCAUUCUUUCUGGAAGACACUGGUUAUUGGUGAUGGUGUUAACAUUCCUGAAGUGGUUGAUGAUUCGACCGAGGAGGCUGCACAUUUUCGGUCCCUAAUUGAUGAAGUCAUGGAAAGUAACCCGGCCGUACGUCGAAAUGUAACGCGAAUCAUCGAAGAGGAGCUACAUCCAGAUCAUACACACCUUGAAGAACCACAUAUCAACCUCAACACUCGUGGUCGACCGAGGAAAAAUGACACCAGGCGUGAUCGUAGCUAUUUCAAGCAUGUGAACCGUCAACACACUCAACGUGGUGGUGACCCAGAACCAGAUCCAAGUGACAUUAGUCAAUGCAGGUAUUUGAACUUGCUUCCAGGUCCAAUGUUGCCGUACAUUUCGUCUUGGAAGGAUGUCAUUGGUGAUGGGAAUUGUGGCUUUCGUUGUGUCGUCGACUUCUUCUUUGGCGAUCAAAAUCAGUGGUUUGACGCUCGAGAAACAAUAGCGAACGAGAUCGCUGGUCAUCAUAAUUUGUACGAACGGAUUUAUGGGCUUGGGCGACUUUGGAUGAACGUAGAGCGUAUUCGAUGGGAUGGUGGGGCUGUCGGGGAGCGGCAUUGGAUGGUUACAAUUCAAGAUUUAUUUUCCAUUGCUACGUGGUUCAACGCAAGGGUGAUUUGUCUCGGGGUAGGCCUAGUACCAACUUGCUACUACCCAUGCAUCACAGUCUUACCGUUGAGGGCACGCAACGGGGUUCAGUCACCGACUCGAGAGUUUGUGAUUGCUACAGUUGGUGGAUCACAUUUCAUCUGUCUUGACCUUGUACCUGAUUCACCACUCCCGCCGAUCGCCGGUUGGUGGACGGAACACCACGAGGAUAGUGUCAAUGGAUGGGAUCAAGCAUAUCAAUUGAGAAGGGACAUGUGGGAUGCAUUAGUUAGGUAG